AUGGAUCCAUUUAUUCAGGUUUUCAAGGACACAGAGGAACAAUUGAACCAAUUAUUGCAGAUAUUAGAUAGGAAGAAGAAAGGGAGAUCGAACACCAGUUCGAAAGAGAUCUCGGAAAUCAUCUCUGAGGCUCAAGAGACUAUCCAAGAUCUAAAUGAGAGUAUAGAAAUGAUGAAACAGGAACAAGCUAUUCCCGAAUACGAAAUUCAGACCCGUGAGAAGUCCAUGGCAAACCUGGAAUCAAAAUUGAAACAAUGCCAGUCGUUAAAUAUCGAGACAACCCGCGACACCGAUGCAGCUACCCAAUCAUCAUUGCUGCCGCAGCAACAACAGCGUGGCGAUUCCUUCGAUUUGGACAUCGAGGCAACUGCAGGCACCGACCAAUCAGACGCGGCAAACCACGACGCCGUACAGGAGCAAUUACUCCGUGAACAAGACAAUCAAUUGGACAUGAUUCACCAGACAAUGCAAAACAUUCAUCUACAGGCAUCUACAAUGGGUCAAGAACUAACAGAACAGGGCAUGAUUCUCGAAGAAAUGGACGGAAAUGUCGACGGAGUCAUGAACAAACUUUCCAGAGGAAGACGACAACUAGAAUGGGUCUACGAACACAACAAAGAACGUGUCAACGACUGCUGCAUCUUUCUCUUAAUCAUUGCAUUGAUCAUCCUACUAGUACUAGCAUUCAUUUUGUGA